AUGGGGGCGAACAACGGAGCGCUCGUACGUCUCUCCGAUGGGGUGGCUUCUUGCCGAUAUGGGGGAGAAAGCAGACGUACUGCUAACGACACUGUAGUUUGGCACGCCAUACCAAAUCAGCACACUCACAUUGAAGCGUCUUUUGUUUUUUUUCCCCCACCCCUGUAUAGGCCCUCUCCCCCACGAAGUAGCCCCCGCGUAUACCUGCUGAGCGAAAAAUGCAACUGCAAAGAGUUAGACAAGAACUAUGACGUUAUAGUCAUCGGGGGGGGACACAGCGGCUGUGAGGCCAGCCACAUAAGUGCAAAAUUAAGAGCCAAAACUUUGCUAAUAACUCAGUGUAGGGAGAGCAUCGGGGAAAUGUCCUGCAACCCAUCCAUCGGAGGAAUUGGCAAAGGCAUUCUCGUCAAAGAAAUAGAUGCGUUGGGAGGACUCAUGGGGAAAGUCAUAGACAAAAGUGGCAUACAUUUUAAAAUAUUAAAUGUAAGGAAGGGCCUAGCUGUUAGGGGGCAUAGAGCUCAAGCGGAUAGAGAUCUCUACAACUAUCAUAUGAAGGAGCACAUGAAUGGUAUGAAAAAUUUGCACAUCUUGGAGAGCACAGUGCAGUCCCUGUUAAUCGAAAACUGUAGGGGUGGGUCCCCCCCCAGUGGAAGGCGCGUCUACGGAGUGAAAAACAAAUGCGCGUGUGAGUUUUACGCAAAUAGUGUGGUGCUCACCACGGGGACGUUUCUGGGAGGUGUGUGCCACAUAGGGAAAGAGAAGUACCAGGGGGGGAGGAUCAAACGGGUGUCCGGGGGGGUGCAGCGUGAGUGGGGAGUAAGAGGUGGGGAAAAGUCCCCCAUUAGGGAAAACCCUCUUAGGGGGGAAGUCCCCACGGGGGCGAACCCCCCACACGGAAGCGCGACAGGUGAAGGGACUCCCCCCCCUGGCGAUGGAGUAGCCUACACCAGCUGCCGUGGCCAUCCCGAAAAACGCAGCGGCGCCACUUUUGACCAUCCCGAAAAACACCGCGGCGCCACUUUUGACCAGCUCGUGGAGUCAUCCACGCAAAGCCUUUCGAACCAGCUGAGGGAGAACCAGUUUGAGAUAAAGAGGAUGAAGACGGGGACGCCCCCGAGGCUACACAUCCGCAGCAUUGACUUUACCUCCCUUGAAAGGGAAGACAGCGAGGCAGAAAACCCAUUUUAUUUCUCCUUCCUAAACAGCAACAAGGUUAAUAGGAACAAGACAUUGCCUUGUUACAAAACGUACACAAAUGAAAGAACCCACGAGUUGGUUAGAACCCAUUUGAACGAGCUACCCGACUUCGACUGCUAUGACAAGCUGGGCAAUGGACCUAGGUACUGCCCCUCCAUAGCAAAGAAGGUUACAAAAUUUGCCGAAAAGAACAAACACAUCAUCUGGCUAGAGCCCGAGGGAUUUCACGACGUACUCAUCUACCCGAACGGCUUAAGUUCUGCCUUCCCCAUAAGCAUACAGAAGCGAAUCGUGCGCUCCAUCAGGGGGUUAGAAAAUGCAGAAAUUGUGUUUCCUGCCUACGACGUUGAAUACUAUUACGUUAACCCUAAGUGUUUGAAUUAUACGUUGGAGACGAAGAACAUCGGGGGUCUCUUUCUCGCCGGACAGAUUUGCGGCACAACGGGGUAUGAGGAAGCAGCUUGCCAAGGAAUAAUCGCAGGGAUUAAUGCAGCAAUAGGUGCGAGGAGUACCCCUGGAGAGACAAAGGAGCAGUUCAUUUUGAAAAGAAGUGAAAGCUACAUAGGGGUCCUCAUCCACGAUUUGAUAAACAAAGGCAUAACAGAGCCGUAUAGAAUGUUCACGUCCAGAGCAGAAUACAGAUUGUACCUCAGGCCGGACAAUUGCGAUAUGAGACUCACUCCCCUGGCGAGCAAAUUGGGCAUCGUGUCCGACGAGAGGAUGUACAUUCUGAGGCAGAAGUAUUCCUCCGUCAAUAGGCUCAUUUGUCUCUUUAAGAAGCUACAAUUGAGUUAUCCCAGCCAAGGAGAGAACCCCCCCCCAAGUGAUUCACCUGGUGUAGACCCAGAGCACCAGUUUGUAAAAAACUCCGUUGAGGCAUUCAAACCAGAGGGUAAAAACAACGUCCAUCUGGAAUUCACCUCUCGAAAAGGAAACAUCAAUUCGUUAUACACAAUUUUUAGAAGCGGAGUUGAAUACCCUCUCCACACUUUGCUGAGGAAACUGCAGGAGGUGCCGGGCUGCACUGAAUUGUACAGCUCACUUUCGCCUGAACAGAAUAAUAUAGCCAUUUAUACGGACAACAUGCAGCUUUGCGGGUUGCCGCUUCACCAAUGUGGCGACUUCCUUCUGAACAGUGCCACUUUGGAGACUGCCUGCGCCGAGGUUAAGUACUCCCCCUACUUGACGAAGCAGAUCCGAGAGGUCGGCAAGAUUAGGGGCAGCUUCGACUUGCCCAUCCCGCCGGAUCUCACCUACGACAGGCUCAACUUCCCCUACCUGUCCAACGAAGAAAUUGAAAAACUGAACAAAUUCAGGCCGCGCACUUUGCACGAGGCCAACCGAAUUGAAGGCGUCACCAUGAGCGCCAUUUACUAUUUGUAUUACUACAUAAAGGGGGAGAAGAAGAGGGUUAAAAGAUAG